AUGGAGCGGAGACCACCUACGUUAUCGCCUAGUUCGCCGUCCAAGUCGCACGGUCGUCGCAGUCGCCCGUGGUACAUCCAGCUGCUCGGCGAGCAUUUCCAAGGAGCGUACCUCGUCGUCGGCUUCCUCGUAGCAUCAGCCGUCUUCACGAUUCUGCCGGCCGGCUAUCCGCGACCGUCGCCGCUAGAUACGGCGUCGUCGACUGUCGGCGACAGCCAUGCGAUCUUCUCUGGCGUUCAAAGCUCGGCCGUGAGCCUCUACCAUGCGAAGACGCCGGAUCAUCGCUUCAUGGGAAAGAUUCCGCUCGGCAUUCGCCGCACGCCGCUGCGUAUCGUCGUUACUGGCGGGGCGGGGUUCGUGGGGUCGCACCUGGUGGACAGGCUGAUGGAGCGCGGCGACCACGUGAUAGUGGUGGACAAUUUCUUCACGGGGCGCAAGGAGAACGUGCAGCACCACUUUGGCAACCCGCGCUUUGAGCUCAUUCGCCACGACGUGGUUGAGGGGCUGCUGCUCGAGGUCGACCAGAUCUACCAUCUUGCCUGCCCCGCCUCGCCCGUGCACUACAAGCACAACCCCAUCAAGACGAUUAAGACGAAUGUGGCGGGGACUAUGAACAUGCUGGGGCUGGCGAAGCGAGUGGGGGCGAGGUUCCUGCUGACGAGCACGAGCGAGGUGUAUGGGGAUCCGCUGGAGCACCCGCAGACCGAGGAGUACUGGGGCAACGUGAACCCCAUCGGGGUGCGCAGCUGCUAUGACGAGGGCAAGCGAGUGGCAGAGACGCUGACCAUGGACUACCACAGAGGGGCGGGUGUGGAUGUGCGCAUUGCUCGUAUCUUCAACACGUACGGCCCGCGCAUGUGCAUCGAUGAUGGCCGCGUUGUCAGCAACUUCGUUGCCCAGGCGCUGCGCAAGGAGGCGAUGACGGUGUACGGCGAUGGCAAGCAGACGCGCUCCUUCCAGUACAUAGACGACCUGGUGGAGGGGCUCAUGAGGCUCAUGGACGGGGAGCACGUGGGGCCCUUCAACCUUGGCAACCCGGGCGAAUUUACUAUGCUGGAACUGGCUGAGGUGGUGAGGGAGGUGAUAGACAAGUCAGCGAGCAUAGCCUUUCAGGAGAACACAGCGGACGAUCCGCACAAGCGCAAGCCCGACAUCACACGCGCCAAGGAGCUGCUGGGCUGGGAGCCCAAGGUCGCGCUGCGCCAGGGCCUGCCCCUCAUGGUGGAGGAUUUCCGGCGCCGCCUGUUUGGAGACGUGAAGGAGAGCCGGCAGAGCAUUACUGCGCAAGAGGAGGCCAAGUGA